AUGGUAGAAUGUCCGAUUUGCACCAAGCCGGUUCAGAACUCCAGAAUCAACGACCACCUCGAUUCCGGAUGCGAGUCCUUCAUCGUCGUCGAUAACCCGCCCGUCUUGUCGUCCCCAUGCCCCCCUCCUCCCGCAACCCAGGCCAAUGGCGCAGUGCCGGCCUCGCAGAAACGGCCGCCCUCGAGCUUCUUCCAGACACCUUCUGCGAAGCGACAAGCAACACCCAGCAAAGUUUUGACGCCCUUGGUCAACGGUGUCGCAGGCGGGUUGAAGCCGAAUGGCGGCGUCAAGCGCUCAUUCGACGAGGGUCCCGGACACGACUCGUCCGUGCCAGAUACGGGUGGCGAGGCCGAGCAUGCGCCUCCGGUAGAGACAGGUCCGGUGGCCAAGAGGACAAAAACGAACCGGGCAGCCCCUCUUGCUGAGCGCAUGCGACCUUACAACCUCGACGACGUGUUUGGACAAGACCUCGUGGGUCCACAGGGCAUCCUGCGUUCGCUUAUAGAAUCCGACAGAGUACCAUCUAUGAUAUUAUGGGGAGGAUCAGGAACGGGCAAGACGACGAUCGCGAGGUGUAUAUCACACAUGGUUGGAUCGCGGUUUAUCGAAAUGAACGCCACAAGCACGGGUGUCGCCGAGUGCAAGAAGAUAUUCGGCGAGGCGGCGAACGAGCUGGGGCUGACGGGGCGAAAAACAAUCAUAUUCUGCGACGAGAUACAUCGGUUCACAAAGGCGCAACAGGACGUGUUCCUGAAGCCCGUCGAGGCGGGCACAAUUACACUCAUCGGAGCCACGACGGAGAACCCUAGCUUCAAGGUCGUGAACGCCUUGCUGUCCAGAUGUAGGACUUUUACGCUGCAGAAAUUGACAACGGAGGACAUACAACGGAUACUAGCCCAGGCGCUCCAGUCGGAACUCUCGGCAACCUCGUCACCGCCGUCGCCAUUCCUCGACCAAGAGCUCAUGGCAUACCUCGCCAACUUCGCCGACGGCGAUGCGCGAACGGCCCUCAAUCUCCUGGAGCUAGCCAUGUCACUAGCAAGCCGUGAGGGUAUAACAAAGGAGGUCAUCAAAACAUCCCUCACCAAGACCCUCGUCUACGACCGCGCAGGUGACCAACACUACGACACCAUUUCCGCGUUCCACAAAAGUGUGCGCGGCUCCGAUCCCAACGCUGCGCUCUACUAUCUAGCCCGCAUGCUACAGUCUGGCGAGGACCCCCUCUACGUCGCGCGGCGCAUGGUCGUCAUCGCAUCGGAAGACGUCGGGCUCGCCGACAACUCCAUGCUAAGCCUCGCAACCUCGACCUACACCGCGACGCAGCAGCUCGGCAUGCCUGAGGCUAGGAUACCUCUCGCCCACUGCGCCGUGGCGCUGACGCUGGCGCCGAAGAGCACGCGCGCUUACCGCGGGCUCAACAACGCCUUCGCGGCGCUGAGGGAGCCGGGCGUUGCCGGCCUGCCCGUCCCGAUCCAUCUGCGCAAUGCGCCGACGAAGCUGAUGCGCGAGCUUGGCUACGGGAAGGAGUACAAGUAUAACCCGAAUUACAAGGACGGCAGGGUCAGCCAGGACUACCUCCCCGAGGGCCUGCUGGGGCGCACGUUCCUGGAUGAUCGCGAUUUGGGCACGGAGGUCGAUCCGGAUCUGGUUAUGGACGAUGCUUGA